AUGGAACGCCAAAGGUACACUAAAACUAGAAGUAGCGGCCUCCAGCCGCGGCGGAGGGGAGCACGGAGAGAAGGAGCGGUAGAGGACGAGAAAACCUACGGUGAGAAUGCCCGGGAAGGGCUUGCUAAGGGCCUAGGCGCCUCGGGCAGUGCUGCUGUGGGCGGCUGGGAAGGCCUGUGGCGCCGCUCAGUUGGGGGUGACGCGCGCAGCUCUGCUGGGUGGCGCGCUGCUCUGCAGGGGCGCGCGCUGCUCUGCAGGGUGGCGUGCGCUGCUCUGCAGGGGCGCGCGCUGCUCUGCAGGGGCGCGCGCUGCUCUGCAGGGGCACGCGCUGAUCUGCAGGGUGGCGCGCUGCUCUGCAGGGGCGCGCGGGCAGCGGGCGCAUUGCGAGCUAGGCGCACGAGCGACGGGCAGAUUGCGAGCUAG